AUGGCACCAGGUAUUAGAUUAAAAUAUGCUCUUUUAAACACCAGCAGUUUAUAUCGUAAUAAAAUGCUUUCAAAUAUUAUGUAUAAUCAGAGGCUGACUGAGGUGAAGUGUUUGAGAUCGUUAUCAAAUUCCAGCUCACAACAUGAUGAGAAAUACUGUGUUGAUCUGGUCAGAUUGCGAGAUUAUGAAGGCUUUGUGUGUUCUUUGCUUCUUCCUGAAGCUGCUCGCCGCUCCUCCUUGGCACUGAGGGCUUUUAAUGUGGAACUGGCACAGGUGAAGGACUCUGUGUCUCAGAAGACUAUUGGUUUAAUGCGAAUGCAGUUUUGGAAGACAGCAGUAGAGGACAUUUUUAGAGAUGAUCCACCAGUUCAACCAGUCAGCAUGGAGCUGUGGAGGGCAGUGAGGAAACACACACUCACAAGGAGAUGGCUGUUAAGGAUGGUAGCAGAAAGAGAGAAGGACAUGGACGACAGAGCUUACAGGAAUUUGCAGGAACUGGAGUCUUACUCGGAGAACACUCAGUCCUCUCUUUUCUAUCUCAUGCUGGAGACUCUUGGCGUGAAAAACGUCCAUGCAGAUCAUGCUGCCAGCCAUAUUGGAAAAGCACAAGGAAUAGUGACGUGUCUGCGAGCCAUUCCAUACCACAGCCAGAGACGCAAGGUCUACCUCCCCAUGGACAUCUGCAUGCUGCAUGGAGCAUCACAGGAAGACUUCAUCCGGGGUAGCAGAGAGCAAAAUGUCAGGGAUGUGGGGUAUGAUAUUGCCAGCCAAGCUCAUCUUCAUCUCCAACAUGCUAGAUCUUUCAUUAAAAACGUUCCAGAUGCUGCCAUGCCUGCUUUUCUACAAACAAUUGCUGUUGAGGACUACCUGGAGAGAGUGCGGAAAGUAGAUUUUGAUGUGUUUCAUCCCAGCCUUCUGAGAAAAAACCCACUGCUGCCCAUUCAGCUUUAUCUUCGAUCUUGGAGAAAAACAUACUGAUACUUAAAUAUGGCUAACCUUAUUUAUUAAUCUAUUUGUAAUAUUAAGGUUCCAAACACUAUCUGUAGGUUAGUAAACUAUUGCUGUAAUAGCAGUUGGGAUUUUCACUAAUACAUGUUUUAUUAGUCCAAUAGUCUUUUGCCAACUGCUCCAGGUCUCACAGAUUCAAAGGUUGCCUUCUCCCAACUGCUGUUUUGAGAUUUCCUCACAGAUGUUUGAUAGGAUUGGUCUGGACUCUUUGCUGGCUAUUGGUUGAAUUCUCCAGCACUUUUGUUUGUUUUUUAAUGCAUUUUCUCCCAAUUUUCAUCCCAAUUUAGUGCACUCAGUUUCGUCUUCUGCUGCUGAGCGAAACCAGAUUGCAUCCUAGGAGAGCACGUCACUGUACACGCCUCUUCCGACACGUGUACAGCCCUCCUCUUCUCGCGCCUGCUUUCUGCACAGGCGUCUCUUCCGCCAAUCGGGGCCCUUAUACAGCGUAUGAAGACCCACCCACCCAGCCUGCAGAUACGGUGGCCAAUUAGUAUCUGCUGCAGGCACUGCCAAUUAUGCCCGCCAGCCGACCGGUGGCAACACCGAGUUUCGGACCGAGGAGUUCAGAAACUCUGUGCUGGUGUGCUAGCGGAAUAUCCCGCUGCGCCACCUGGGCGCUCCAGCACUUAGUUUUAAUCCAUUUCUAGGUGUCUUUUGAAUGAUGCUUUGGGUCAUCAUCUAGCUAGAAGACUCAUGAACCCUGACAGAGACCCAGCCUCCAGACAAUGGGCCCUACAGUGUGGUCCAAAAUUCUUUGGUGGUCUUCAAAUGUUAACUUUCUUUGUUACAAAAAACAUACUGAUUCCUGAAUAUGGCUCACCCUAUUUAUUACUCCAUUUGCAAUAUUAAGGUUCCAAACGCUCUCUGUAGGUUAGUAAACCGUUGCUGUAAUAGCAGUUGGGAUUUUCACUAGUUUUACUAAUUCAUUUUUGGCAUUUAGCAGACACUUUUAUCCAAAGCGACUUAUAGUACUGUGACAGUAUAUUGUCUAAGCAAUUGAGGGUUAAGGGCCUUGCUCAAGGGCCCAACAGUGGCAACCUGGAAGUGGUGGGACUUGAGCCAGCGACCUUUGGAUUACUUGUCCAGUACCUUAACCAUUAGGCUACAACUGCCCUAGUUUUCUUACUGUAUGCAGUAUAGACUGUAAAUCAACAUAGGUAAAAAUGAUGACAGUAACAUGCUUCAUUAUUGGACCUGCACAGAAUAGAGGGACUGUAUUAAAAAUGAGGUGCUUGAUAUUCAACAACCUUCAAUUAGGCAGUCAGAGAACACAGGUUAUGAACCUUUAAUAAAUUCUGGAUGAUUUGUAUGUAAA